GGCAGGUUCAGACUCUGUUCACAAGUCCAGGCGGUUACGCACAUGCCUCUCUCCACCAAAGGGCUGCCAUAUAAAUAGCCCCACAACGCCCUCCAUUUUCGAAAACGCGCUUCAAAAAAUCCUCCGCGGCAAAAUUCAAAAUUACACAGAUUGGUGAACGGAGCGAAACCGAGAGGUCUCCGUGGUUUUCUAAUUGGCCUCACCGCUCACCGGACCACUUCGCCGCCGCGGAUCGUCUCGGAACUCCGGCAUGCUGUACUUCGAUUUUCAGCUUUUGUCUGGAUUGAGUUUCGAUCAAUUCUCACUCGUUUUCGGCUGCUUUUAUAUCUUUUGAUCUGUUAGUCUACUAUAUUAUCAACACGAGAGAUCUCUACAGUAUGAUUGGAGUACUAGUCACCAGAGGACUCACGAUGCUUUUAGGCUAUGCCUAUCCUGCUUAUGAGUGCUAUAAAACUAUUGAAACCAGCCGGCCAGAAAUUGAGCAACUUCAUUUUUGGUGCAAGUACUGGAUUCUAGUGGCUGUAUUGACAAUCCUCGAGAGAAUUGGUGAUUCUUUUAUUUCAUGGUUUCCGUUCUAUGGUGAAGCAAAGUUGGCACUCUUCGUUUAUCUAUGGCAUCCAAAAACGAAGGGAGCAAACGAUGUGUAUGAUUCGUUCUUCAGACCAUAUGUUUCAAAGCACGAACCUGUAAUUGACCGCAGCUUGUCAGAGUUCAAGCUCAAGGCUACUGAUGCUGCUUUUGCCUACUUUCGCAGAGCUGCAUCCUACUAUCAAACAACAUUGUUUGAUAUACUUUCAAAGUUUAAUACUCAUCUAUCAACAACGGCUGCUGCUUCGAAGGCGCAAAAGGAACCAUCAACUCAUUCGGGAAAUGAAGAGGAAGAGGAAGAGGAAAAGGAAGAGGAAGCAAAGGACAAAUGAGAUUGGGAAUGGCAGAACAAAAA